UGAAGAUGAUGGUCCGCAUCACAUGCCGUUCGUCUGCGAUCCGCCGGGCCAUAUUAACUCCCUUGCAACGGCUUCUGGUCUAAACCUUCUGUCCCAUUUUGUUUUCUGGCGAUCGUUACACGGAGAACGGUGCGGCCUAAGCAAACUCCACCAACUCCGCGCUGUGAUCGGUCAAGCUUGUCGCUCGCCCGAACAAUGGUUGCAACGUACUCCAAUUAAUUUGUUUCGCCAAACACAAUGUUGCGGUCGGUGCAACUUUUUGUUUGAGCAAUCCCACGGUAAAGACGCAGCGCUAUAAACCGUGUCAAAAAAGCACCGACCCUCCACAGGGCUCGCACGCUGUUCCGGUAAAGGAGGCGUCCGCCAUCCAGGAAGCACUAUUGUGCUCGAGAAAAGAUAUAGCGGUGAGGUUUGGUGCGUUAGCUCAACCUCUUGCCCUGCCCUUCUCAUUUUCUUCUACUCUCCUCUUUGCCUCUUCACACUCGGUGCUCCUCCUCACUCCUCCAUGGAGCUGCAAACGCUGAAUCUUGGCAGCCGGAGACCCCGAUACCGCAUCGAAACCAAGUCGUUGUCCUACGACCUCUCGACCGCCACACGGAACGUUCACCUGCGUUGCUGCGGCUUUCCCAGCACCUGCAGGUCUAUUCUGAAGAACGUGUGCUGUGAGGCCCUUCCCGGUGAGCUCCUGGCGAUCGUCGGCCCAAGCGGAGCUGGAAAGACCACGCUGCUCUCCGUUCUUGCCGGCGUGAUACACCCGAGCCAAGUCUCCGGCGACAUACUCGUCGAUGGACGACCCAUGGACGUGUCCCGCUUUCGAAGGGUAUCCGGCUACGUCACGCAAGACGAUGCGCUCUUCCCGCUGCUGACGGUCGAGGAGUCGCUGGCAUACAGCGCCAGGCUGAGGCUCAACGCGACGGCUGGCGAGGCCGCUGCCCGCGUGAGGGAGCUGAUCAAAGAGCUGGGUCUGGAUCAUGUGGCCGGUUCUAGAAUCGGCGGCCACGGAGCUGGCGGCAUUUCCGGCGGUGAGCGCCGCCGGGUUUCCAUCGGGGUCGACUUGGUGCAUGAUCCGGCGGUGCUGUUGCUGGACGAGCCGACCUCCGGGCUGGACUCGGCCUCCGCCCUCCACAUUGUAAAGCUGCUCAAGUCCAUGGCGUCUGUCCAGGGAAAGACCAUUGUCCUCACCAUCCAUCAGCCGGGCUUUCGGAUCCUCGAGUUGUUCGACCAGGUCUUGCUCAUCGCCGGCGGAACCGUUCACCACCAGGGGCCGAUCGCGCUAUUGGAGAGUCGGCUGAGGGAGGCUGGCCAUCGCAUUCCUCCUCAUGUCAAUGUGCUGGAGUUCGCCAUGGAUGCCAUGGCUAGCCUGGACUCAGGGCCCACUACUCCCCAAGAAGAGGUUAUCAGAGCUCCCAACUGCAGCACCAAAGAAGACAAAAUCUUCUACGCCAAUUCGCGGUGUGGCGAGGUUUUCAUUCUAACCAGCCGGUUCUUCAAGAACGCUUCGAGGACCCGGGAACUGUUCACCGCGAAGGUGAUCCAAUCCAUCGCAGCUGGGUUCGGCCUCGGAACAAUCUUCAUAAACGUAAGCAACCUCCAAGCCAGGGUGGGUUUCUUCGCGUUCAGCCUCACCUUUCUUCUGUCGUCCACGAACGAAGGCUUGCCCAUCUUCUUGCGGGAGAGAAGGAUUCUGCAGAGGGAGACCUCGAGAGGGGCCUACAGGGUGUCCUCCUAUGUCAUAGCCAAUGCGCUUGUCUUCAUGCCUUUUCUUCUAGUAGCUGCACUCUUAUACGCCACUCCAGUGUAUUGGUUGGUGGGACUGAGAAGGGAGAUGGAUAAGUUUCUCUACUUCUCUUUGGUGAUAUGGCUGGUGAUGCUGAUGGCCAACUCUUUUGUCGCGUGCUUCAGCGCCCUGGUUCCAACCUUCAUCAUGGGCAAUUCCGUCAUCUCGGGGCUGAUGGGUUCCUUCUUCCUCUUCUCAGGCUAUUUCAUAGCCAAAGACAACAUACCCAGGUACUGGAUCUUCAUGCACUACCUCAGCUUCUUCAAGUAUCCGUUCGAGGCUUUCGUGUUGAACGAGUAUGGUGGAGUAAGGGGAAGAAGGGAAUGCUUGGAGUGGGAGGGAAACAUGUGCGCUCUCGACGGAGGGAUGUUCUUGAGGGAGCAGGGCGUGGUGGAGUCUCAAAGAUGGAGCCAUGUGGGAGUGAUGCUUGCUUUCAUAUGCGGGUACAGAAUCCUUUGUUUUCUCAUCCUGCGCCUUAGAUGCUACGAUGUGAGAAGAUAGGGAGAGAGAGAGAGAGAGAGAGAGAGAGAGAGAGAGAGAGAGAGCGAGAGGACUUUGCCGUCCCAUCUUUGUUCUCUAUGGCAGAAGAAUUUGCUAAUUGUCUCUUCAGUGUUUAAUAUGUUCCAUUACGUUUCCGGAGACGAGAAUGGAUUUCUGAAAUGUUGCACGCU